UUUCGUCCACUUCUUCCUCCCAGAAACACUUAUCCUUUUUGCUAAAAAAAACACUUAUCCUUGGAUCCAAUCGAACUCCUAAUUGAGCUUCUGUUCAUAUCCAGAUCUAAGGCAGAAAAAUAGUGUGGAGCGGCGGCAUUGUGCUACUGGAGAUGAAGAGACCGGACUUCUGUGUAGGCCACACUUCAAUCUGCUACCAAUUCCUUCCCCCAAUUCUUGCUGCUGCUGCUGUCGCUGUCAACAUCUCCGACUUGUCCGUGGACGCAUUCCCUUCUCGUGGGCUUUGCUCGUUGCCCGGUGAUUUCCUCACCUGCCGGACUUAAGGAGUCGAAACUGUGAGGUGAGUAUAAAUAAUUUGAUUUGGAGUCAAAGUAGCUCAAUUCAAGGUUUUGUUGCCGAUCAGAAUGUAAUUGCAAGUGGAAUCAUUAAAGUCAAAAGGAUUGUAGGUGGAUUGGACCCAUGCAGUAGAGCCACAAGAGAUGCAAUACGAUGCAGUACAGGAAUGCCUUGCAUUCGUGGGUCCGGUCUCUUCAUUUCCAACAGUACCGCCGCCGCGUGCCGUUCCGCAGCGGAUAAGUGUUGCUGGGAGGAAAUUAACACACCGCUGCUUAUCGGCGCAGUACCGCUUCCGCAUCUUCUCGGUCACUGGACGACGGAUUUGUGAGGGUCGGAAGGAGCCGGGGAGUCGGCCAGGGCGGCGACGAAGACGUCCUAGUCGGCAGCCUGGAGGUUCCCGCGGUUGACGGCGAACUACUUCUCGCGGUUGGCCUUGAUCAGCUCGACAGUCUCCUCCCUCAUCCAGCAAGGCGGAGGGACUUUUCUGGCGAAGGAUUCCGGCACUGCUACGGCCGCCGCUGCUCGGAGGAAGAAGUCAGAAGGAAGGUGAAAUAUUUUUUAAUUUUAAAAUUAAUAUUUAUUUUUAUAUUAUUUUUUAAUUGACACGUCAUCAAACUAACGGUCAAAGGGUUUAGUUGACUGCCACGUAGGAUGGUUUUAACGGAAUUGGACGGCCAGUGACUAACGGUGCAACGAUUCGUAAAGUUAGUGGCGAAUAAGAAAGAAAAGUAAUU